GUAGCAUCGUGCACGACAGUUCUAUGGAAACGGAUCCACACAAUCGUAGCAAGGAUCGCAAUUAUCUGCACAACGGUUACGCUAAUUCGACAAAAGAAAGUAAUCAUGUCAAUUAAGCAGAGCUCGCCAACAAGAUGACCUCAACAAAGCCAAUCAUCACGUUUUCAUGGCUGUUAAGAUCGUACAAGAGACGAAGAUUCAAGCCUGAAUGCCUUGUUUUUGUGUUUGCUUGUCUUUUGACGACUUGCGAGGCUAGAAAUAAUCCGCCACGUUUUCUUAUCGAUGGACAAACGGAAAUUAUUCUCAGGUUGAAGGAAGGUCCUGAUACACCAGUUGGCAGUUUAAUUUACAGGCUUCGUGGCGUCGAUCCUGACGGUGACAGCCUGAUGUUCGGUGUUAGAGAUCAGCCUGACAGCGACGUGAUUCGGGUCGAGAAUUUUAGUCCAAACCAGGCCAAUAUUUACCUGAACAAAUUGCUGGACAGAGAGACUAGGGAUGAGUAUGCAUUGGUGCUAACUCUGACGGAUGGAAGACUCGGCGAGGGAAACUUCAUCACGCAAAGUUUGCUGUUGCUGGUAGAAGAUGUCAAUGACAACGUGCCAAUUUUCCGACCACAUCCAACUUCGUUGACAGUUCGCGAGGAUUCAGGACCGGGUAUUCUAACCACGGUCGAAGCUACUGACGCGGAUUUGGGAGCACAUGGGCAAGUGGUUUACUAUCUGCAAGAACUUGACGGAGACAAUGAUGUGUUUAGUAUCGCUACUGUCAAUGGUAAAGGUGUCAUCCGUCUUGUUGGACAUCUGGAUUAUGAAAGAAAAUAUCUGUACCAACUCAGGAUUUUGGCCAUCGAUCGUGCGAUAAACGAAAAGGUAAAUACUGGAACAACCGCGAUACUCGUGAAGGUGCAAGAUGUCGAAGAUCAGCCACCAGAAUUUAUAACCAUGACGCCUGUUGCUAGGAUCAGUGAAAAUGUUCGGAUAGGCACUUCCGUUCUUCAAGUUCGUGCAGUAGACGGUGAUAAAGGAAUAAACAACAAAGUGACAUACAGUAUAACUCAGGGUCCAAAAUACUUGUUCGACAUAGACGCCACUUCCGGUCUGGUGUUCACCAGAGCUCAACUCGACAGGGAGGCAGAAGAAAAUGCCGACGGCACUUUUAUCCUGGAAAUUACAGUGAAAGAAGUGUCGAAAAUAGUACCACCGCCGUCAGUUUCGACCGAAGUCACCAUUAUUCUUACAGACGUGAACGACGAAACACCAAAGUUUCGAAGCACGCGAUAUCGCGCCGAGAUAAAUGAAAAUGCGCCGCAUAAUACCCCUGUUAAUUUCAUCGGCGAUGCGAUACCGGAAGUCUACGAUCAUGAUUUGGGAACAAAUGGUACAUUUAGAAUGUACAUCGAAGGCGACGAAGGUAUAUUUGACGUUACACCAUCGAGGGGAAUUAAUGAAGCUCCUUUCCUAAUACGCGUGAAAAAUUCUAGCAAACUCGAUUUUGAGGAAAGGACAGAGGUAAAUUUUACGCUAAUCGCAAAAGAGGUAGUGACAGUGGCACCGAAGCUCAGCAAAGUGUCAGUAGUGGUUUUCAUAAAAGAUCAAAACGACAAUUAUCCAGAAUUCACCGAAGACACCUACGAAGUGUCAAUACCAGAAAACUGUGCUGUUGGCACAACAGUGGCGUGGGUUCAAGCUUUGGAUGAGGACAGCGGUAGUUUUGGUACCCGUGGAAUCAGAUACACCAAUUUAGGAGGCAGUAUUGCACAUGCAUUAUCGAUGGAUCCAGUAUCAGGUAUAAUCACAGUAAAAGAACCUGGUCCAAGCUUCGAUCGAGAACUAGUGUCGAGACAUUAUUUAACCGUCGAAGCAAGGGACGAUCGUGGAAAAGGUAAUCAGAAUACAGUUCAACUGAUUGUGAAUGUGAACGACGUCAACGACAACGCUCCUGUAUUUUUGCAAAAGAAGUACGAAGCUGUGCUUCUGGAAAAUGAAGAUCAUUUCGAGUCACCCUUAAUCGUUGAAGCAUUUGACAUUGACUUAAAUGGAACCAAAAACAGCGAAGUAAUUUACGCAUUAGUAUCAGGCGAACUUUCAAAGAAUUUUAGCAUCGAUUCGAAACGAGGGGUAAUCACCCCAACAACACCGUUAGAUUAUGAAGCACUGCCUAUUAGUCAAGGGCAUAAGGAAACGUCAGUCCGUCCAUUGAGAUUGACAGUGCGGGCUAGGGAUAUGGGCACACCAAGCUUAAGUUCAGACGCGCCAUUAAUUAUCUACUUGAAGGAUGUUAAUGAUAACCCACCCGCAUUUGAGAGAACCUUGUACAAGAGGAGCAUUCCUGAAGACUUACCUGGUGGCACGAGCGUAGUUCAGGUCAGAGCUUGGGACAAAGACUUAUCCUCCCCAAACAAUAAAUUAGUUUACCGAAUUCAAAGUGGUGCAGGUGAUAAAUUUGUGAUCAGUCCGGAGACAGGUGUUAUUAGAGUUGCACCUGGCUCUAAUUUAGACCCAGAUCUUACUUCGCCAAAAACCAUUCGCUAUAAUUUGAACGUCCUUGCAAUCGACAGUGGAACGGAAGUGCAGAGAACUGCUGAAGUUCUUGUUAAUAUCACCAUUGUGGAUGUUAAUAACAAACCUCCAAUUUUUAUUGAUCCUGGAACUGUUACUAUCCGCGAAAAUACACAGGUUGGCGCAUAUGUGCAUCGUGUCGUCGCUAACGAUCCAGAUAUAUCACCAGUUUUGAGAUAUCGCAUUGACCCGAAUUCUUCGGAGGCAAGGAACGAGGAAGGAACUUUGAUCAAAAUUCAGGAAUACGAUUAUCUUUCCGCUUUAGAAUUGAACGCACUUGAUGGAUUGCUGAGAGUGGUUAAAUUGUUGGAUAGAGAGAGAGUGGAGACUAUAAGGUUGGGACUCGUUGUUGAAGAUUUAGCUGCGGUUAAAGAAGUACAAACUGCAUUCGCAAUAUUGAACAUAAUAAUUGAGGACGAAAACGAUAAUAAUCCAAGAUUCCGAAGACCAUUUUAUAGACGGUCAGUGACCGAGAACAGUAAAAAUGGCGUCAACAUUGUUAGCAUCGUGGCUGACGAUGCUGACAAAAAUCGUAGUAUUACGUAUUCGUUGGAAAGUCCAAAAGAACUUGCAGAUUUGGUGCACCUUGAUUCUGAAACGGGAGAAAUGGUCGUCGCGAAUAAAAUCGAUAGAGAACAAUAUUCCUGGCUUAAUCUUACGGUGAGGGCCACUGACUCUGGAAUACCGCCAAGAUCAAGUUUAUCGGAGGUUUACGUCCAGGUAUUAGAUGAAAAUGACAAUAACCCAUAUUUCAUUACCGAUAUCAAUAAUAUAAUGGUAAUGGAGAACGUCAAAGUUGGUACAACAAUAGCUACUAUUCAGGCUAAUGAUCCUGAUAGCGGUGAUUAUGGGAAAAUUACGUAUUUGUUAGAUAGGAUGUCGUCUCAGGGAACGUUUGCCAUUCAUCCUGAAACUGGUGCUUUAACAGUAGCAGAUUCCAUUGAUUGGGAAACUAAACAAAGCUAUGUUCUAGUCAUAGAAGCUUGGGAUAAUUAUCAGUUCGGUUACACGGCUGGUGAAUCGAGAAAUGCCUUCAAACAAAUUCAGGUUACAGUAGUAGAUGUAAAUGACAACCCACCAAAAAUGGACAUUCCUCCAACAUGCAUCACUAUAUCAGAGUUCCACGAUAUCAAGGACUUAAUUUUCGCCAUUAAAGUGAAGGAUGCGGAUGACCCAACUACACCGAAUGGUCGUGUGAGAAUCAGAAUUCUCUCCGGAAAUGAAUUAGGUUUAUUCAUCUUAGAACAAACGGAUUAUUGGACAGCACACAUAAAAGCGGCUCAUUCACUCCGAGGAAAAUUCGGGAAUUACUCACUGCAUUUGGAAGCUAGAGAUCUUGGAAAUCCUUCUAAUAAAGACACUUCGGUCUUAAAUAUUUGCGUUACCGAUUACAAUGAUAAUCCUCCAGUGUUUAUUAGUCCUCAACAUAAUACAACUAUUCGCGUGCCAGAGAAUGUAACAGUUGGAACAGCAAUCAUCCAAAUCGAGGCCGCAGAUGCUGACACCGGACCAAACGGUGACGUUCAUUAUCGUCUAAAACAAGAUUUGGCUGGUCACUGGAGAACUUUUCACAUCGAUGACAAAACUGGAAUUAUUUCACUGAAACUUCCACUGGACAGAGAAACUCAAAAAUUAUACGAGAUCAGAGUAGAAGCAUACGAUUUAGGUACUCCAACUCCACUCAGUUCGGAUUUGGAUCUAAUCAUUUACGUCCGAAACAUCAACGAUUACGAGCCUCAAUUCUUAGUGGACAUUUUCAACAUUAAUUUCACAGAGGAGCAACCUCCUGGGUCGGAAAAGAUUUUGCUUCCAGAAACUAUUGACAGGGACGAAGUUGACGAUCUCGAUGAUCCGCCUACUCAAGUCUGUUAUUUCAUAAUCAGCGGAAAUGAGGACAGUUUAUUCACUUUGGAUAUUUUCAAACACGAGUUAACCACUGCCAGAACUUUAGACAGAGAGCAACAGGAGCAACAUUUGUUGAUAAUUAAGGCGACAGAGGAUUGUAGCACUGUCCCAGUGCCAUUGAAUGAAACAUUUUUCGAUGAAGCAAACGACACUACGUUAAAAGUUAUUAUUGACGUGACUGACAUAAACGAUAAUCCGCCAAAAUUUGUUAGCAAAAUCUUCACUGGAGGUGUUACUACGGAAGCUGACUUUGGAACCCAGUUUAUGGAAGUUAAGGCAAUCGAUUUAGACGCUGGUGAUAAUGCAGUAAUUAAUUAUUACCACGUGGGCAAGAUGCACAUGACUUUAACCGAGGGACUAGAUGACAUUGAAUUACAACCUUUCUUGGUUAACAAACUCACAGGAAUUAUAAGUCUAAAUUUUGAUCCCCAAAGAGGAAUGAAAGGAUACUUCGAUUUUAUGGUAAUAGCCAAUGACACAGAUGGUCUACAAGACACUGCAAGAGUGUUUAUUUAUUUACUGCGAGAAGAUCAAAGGGUUCGUUUCGUGUUGCGACAACAUCCACCGGAAGUUCGGAAUAGGAUAGAAACAUUCAGAGAAACACUAGGAAACGUGACCGGAGCAAUAGUAAACAUCGACGAAUACAAGAUUCACGAGAACCACGACGGUUCCGUCGAUCGAACAAAAACAGACCUAUACAUGCACCUUGUAAAUCGGCGCGACAAUUCCAUUCUCGAAGUAUCCGAGGUACUAGAAUUAGUCGACAGAAAUAUAGAGAAGCUCGAUAGUCUGUUCAAAGAAUUCAACGUGCUCGACACGCAACCAGCGCAAUAUCAACCGAUUGUUCAGUAUGAGCAAGCUGGAACGACGUUUUGGCUUUUGACUUUGACCUUGUUUCUGGGAGCUCUGCUAAUUUUGUGCAUAGCGUUGUGCCUCUCGCAGAGGGCUUCGUUUCGCAGGCAAUUGAAAGCAGCUAAUGCUUCAUCUUUUGGUACGUCGGAUGCAGAAUUUAUUAGGGGACCUGGACGAGUUCCUAACACGAAUAAGCAUAGUGUGGAAGGUUCGAACCCUAUAUGGAUGCAUGCUUACGAAAAUGAGUGGUUCAAAAGUGAUGAAUCUAUUAGUCAUACUUCUGAAAGAGAUUCUCUUGACGAAAAUGCUUUGAACAACGAAGAAAUGAUGAACGAAGCUAACACAGACCAAAGAAAUGAAGAUAAGCCGUAUUAUAUUGAGCCAAGAACUACUUCCAUUUCAAGCUCGGAAAGUGUAACAAUUCCAAACGAUUUUCACCGAAAUUCGUCCAUUUAUAGAACACAGAACACGAUUGUGAAUCCUCUUGGCAAGAAAAUCGAAACGACUGAGCUGUAAUCGAACAACGACCGGUAAAACUUCGAAUAUAGCUUAAUUAUUAUCAUCCAUAGAUUCAUAAGUGAAAUGUAAAUUUAGAAUUAUAAAUGUACAUAAAUAGUCUUAUGUCGUACAAAGUAUAGAAUGUAUUUAAUAUUUAUUU